AUGGGUGAUAUUUAUACUUUGUCAUUUAUUUGGAUGUUUAUCUUUGAAUUUGGAAAUAUUUCAUGUCCAGAUAUCAUUUGCCCAAAUCAUGCAAAAGUAGACAUAACAAAAUGUUGUCCUGGUUAUCGAAAAGUCGAUGGUGUAUGUACAGCGUGUGUUGGUUUUUAUGGUCCUGAUUGUGAAUCUCCAUGUCCAACUGACUAUUACGGUGAAAAAUGUGAGUUUCUUUGUAAUUGUUCCCUGGGUGAAGAUUGUAACUCUUUCGUAGGAUGUCUUCUAAAUGAGACGGGAAGGACAUGUAUCUCAGGUGAGACUAAUGAGACUAGUGAGACAGGUGUUUCAGGUGAAACGAGUGAGACAAAUGUUUCAGGUGAUUCAGGUGAGACAGAUCUCUCAGGUGAGACAGGUGAGAGGGAAAAAGAUUUAUGAGGUUUUGAUGACGUCAAUACAUUUGUCUGAAAACAUCUU